AUUCUUUCUUUCUUUCUAAAGUGUAUUCAUCAAGUCAAUCAUGUUAAGAACCAGUGCUAAAAGAUUCUAUUCUGCUCCUGCUAAUUUAUUAAAGACCCCAUUACAUGAAGCUCAUGUUGCCCUUGGAGGUAAGAUGGUGCCCUACGCUGGCUUUGAAAUGCCAGUAUUGUACAACAGUCAAUCCCACAUAGAUUCCCACAAUUGGGUCAGAUCUAAAGUUGGUUUAUUUGAUGUCAGUCAUAUGUUACAACAUAAGAUCACCGGUAAGGAUGCCAAGAGUCUUUUACAAAAGAUUACCCCAAUUGAUUUGAACAGUUUACCAAUGAACGAAUCUAGUUUAUCAGUAUUGUUGAAUGAAAACGGAGGGAUCAUUGAUGAUUGUAUUAUUACUAAACAUGGUGAAGAUAGUUUCUAUAUGGUUACCAAUGCUGGUUGUAGAGCUAAGGAUGUUGAGUUUAUCAAAAAGGAAGCUGAAGCAUUUGGAUCCCUGGUUAACCACAAUACCUUUGAAGGUACUUUAUUAGCCAUUCAAGGACCAAAGGCUCAAGAACUUUUACAAAAAUUCACUAACGAAGAUUUAUCCAAGAUUUACUUUGGCCAAACCAGAUUUGUUAAGUUGUCUCCAAUUGGAGCUACAGUUCAUUUAGCUAGAUCUGGAUAUACUGGGGAAGACGGGUUCGAAUUGUCUAUUCCUUCAUCUAAUGCUGCUGAAACCAAGGAUUCAUUAAACUUUUUCCAACUGUUAAUUGCUGAAUAUCCUGAUUUAGUCAAACCAAUCGGGUUAGCUGCAAGAGAUUCCUUAAGAUUAGAAGCAGGUAUGUGCCUUUACGGAUAUGAAUUAACCGAGCAAAUCACCCCAGUCGAAGCUUCCUUAUCAUGGUUAAUUCCAAAGGCUCGUCGUGAUGCCAAUGCAGGAUUCAAUGGUGCUUCUAAGAUUUUAUCACAAAUCAAUGACAAGUCUUUGGUCACCCAUAGAAGAAUUGGUGUUGUUUCUAAGGGACCAUCACCAAGAGAGCAUUUUAAGAUUUUCAGCAAUGAUGGAAGCCAAGAAAUUGGGUAUAUCACUUCCGGUUCUCCAUCACCCACUUUAGGUGGUAAUAUUGCCCAAGCAUAUAUCGACAAAAAGUUUAAAAUUGGCAGUGAUAUAAAGAUCGAAAUUAGAGGCAAGUUAAGAGACGGAAAGAUUACUAAAUUGCCAUUUGUUGCAAGUAACUUAUAUAAGCCUUAAACCUUAUUAUGUAAUUAAUUAUUCCAAAUUGAGUAAACCGCGCGUUCUAGACGUAGGAGGUGUUUAAUUGCAAGAUAAUACGACGCAAGGGGCAUCAUUCGUAAUUAAAAAAACGGAUUCUGAAUUGAAACAAUGACAGAUCGAAAAGUGUGACCGAUUGGGUUAAAUAAUGUGAGUGUACCGUUUUCAACUCC